AUGUCCUCCAAAUCAUCCAACCAAGGCAUCCCACAAGAAAAUGACUUCGGCUCCAACCGCUGGAUCCGCGAUCCUUCUUCACAGAAGCGCCGCAGUGCCAGCGGUCGUGGCCUGUUCUCCGGUUUGCAGGAUGUCAAGCACUACAAUGUCGACCACGGCUGGGCCCGGAGGGAGGUCAACAACCAUCGGCCAGGGUUUCUGGAGAGUUUGUGGAAUACCUGCCACUGCCAGCAUUAUCAAAAUAAUAAUCACCAUCAUGGGCAUCACCAGCAUUAUUACGGUUGUUCGACCCAUCCUCCUUUUAUUCGUGCCUUUCUUCCGACUUCUCAACCUUAUUCCUCCGAUCAUAAGCGCAAUUCGUUUCCUCCUCCUCCUCCUCCUCCUCCUCCUCCUCCUCCUCAACCCAUCCUCAUCCUCCCGCCUCACGAAAUCUACGACGAAGCCAUGUAUCGUGAUCCAGUGUUUGCACGGCACAAACAGCAGUAA